AUGGCUAUGCCUAUCUCUGCGGCUAGUCUUGUUGGCCCUGAGUCCUUAGUUACCGUCAAGGUCUUCUACAAUGACAGUACCCGGCGUUUCAAGGUCCCUUUGAAAGACCUGGGUGCCCGUGUCUUCCCCCAGAAGCUCCGCCAGCUCCUUGGCAUCCCGUCGGAUGUUAACGUCAUCUUUGAACGCUAUUCCGACAGUGCCGCCUGCUACGUUUAUCUUGACAGCGAGAACGUAGCUGUCUACAGGCAACUCUACCGUGCUGCGAAGGCGAAAUUGAAGCUUCGUAUCAGGGCUAUCGUGAUUAACCUGCCCCGUGCCACAACCGCAACCGCGACGACUACGUCUCCAGUCGUCUCACAACUUCCUCCCCAGGAAAUUCCAACGGAAGAGCCACCCCUGACAGAUCACAGUCUCCCAGGUCCUGCUCAGGAUUCCCCUCUCUCAGUAUCGCAUGUCGAUACCCUGCAUAAUUCUUCGGUCUCUACUCCAAUCAUACCCACCGAAGCCACCGAAGCCACCAAGACCACCACACAGCAGCCCAACACCGACGUCGUGCCUCCACCGCCUUCCUACCGGGAGUCUAUACCAGGUCAUGAUGAUGCUAGCCUUCCAGUUAUCUCUCAUACCUCACCUAAUGGCACUUUCUGCAUCAACUGCGAUAAUUGUGGCCGAUCCAUCCCCGACGAACAUUAUCACUGCAGCAUCUGUGCGAACGGCGACUACGACUUAUGCGCAGAAUGUAUUGGGGCCGGCAUCUCCUGUCCGGUGGAGGGCCAUUGGUUGAUCAAACGAUUUGUUAAAGACGGUAUUGUGAUCAACAGCACGACUGUGACUGCUUCGCCCAAGACGGCACAGACCAAAGCGGAAGACAAAAUAUCUUCCGUGGAAGCUGUUGUAGACAAAGUGCCAGUGGCUGUCUCGGUUCCUCCAGUUUCUCCCUCAAAGGUAGAGAAGACUACCUGCAAUGCAUGCCUCAAAGGUUGGCGACCUCUUUCUUUUCCUAACCCCAUGAUGUUUGUCUAA